AGCGUCACUUGCCAACUAGCAACCACCGCACCGGGUUAUGAAGGCAAAUUUGGGUCAAAACCACCUGUGGCGCGAUUAAUAUGGAACCGCAGCACGAAGAUUGCCCAUAAAACCAGUACCGCGAUGGAAUUCGAAAGAUUUUCAUUAAUAAUCUAGGAAUGUAUACAGGUCCACAUUCCUAGCCCCAGUAGAUGGUACCGCGAGCAUGGUACUCGGCGCACCUCUUACUACUUCCCCCCUUCGGCUGCUAGGUGUUCCGCAAGAGAAAUCCGAGAGAGGUAUUACGCGAAAGGUCGUACCCGAACGCGAACCAUCUGAGAAACUGUUGGUGCCGAAGAAACGCCAUCGCGCGACUAUGGUGCAGUAGAACCACCCUGAGCGCGUCUAGACGAACCGAACGAACAAUGUCGCGAACGUCUUCCGUUGGAUGCAGGUGGAUUGUGCGGUUUUUCGUGAUUUUUUACUGUGCACUGAUCAGUGAGGGCCAUGUCGCUCUGGUUUUUCCGCCCGCUCGCAAGUACGACCUGGACUUUCUGGAUAGUUCCAGAACAAAAGCCCCAUGCGGGAUGCCCAAAGGAAAUGUGAAAACUUCGCUGCUGUCGGGGAGCAAAUUCAACGUCUCCUGGCACUUGGGCUAUCCGCACAAGGGCGGUUUUAAAAUUCAACUUUUGGACGAGUUGGAGCGGCCGGUGCUUGACCUGACCCCACGCAUCCAAGGCGCCGAGUUCAUCUCGAAUGAUGCCACGGCCCAAACCUACCAGGUUCAGCUGCCCACCAACUUCACCUGCGCCAAUUGCACCCUUAGACUGAUCAGGCAGGCGCUGGAAUGGGGCGCCCAAUAUAAAUUUUGGUCCUGCGCCGACGUCGACAUCAAAAUACGUAAGUUGAUUAUUUACGGAAACCUAAAAGCGCGGAAUGCGUCAAUUAUUCACGUUUCAACGAAAUUUUACUUGCCCGUCAACUAUUUCUUCACUUUUCGUAUACGGCACAUCCUGUCACUUUUAUCGAUUGGGGCGAUUCGAACCAAUCAAAUAAGCCUACCGCCUUCACAGUCUUUCACUAAUGGUGACGGUCUUUGCUCUCUAGAAAGUGAAGAGUCCGAAGCCGAGCCUGAACCGACGUCCGAACCGGAACCCACAUCCCAACCUGAACCCACCUCGGAACCCGAGCCUACUUCCCAGCCGGAACCCAGUUCCAAACCGGAACCCAGCUCCCAGCCUGAACCCAGCUCUGAACCGGCACCCAGCUCUGAACCAGAACCCAGCACCGAACCUGAACCCAGUUCCGAACCAGAGCCCAACUCUGAGCCGGAACCCAGUUCUGAGCCAGAAGCCACCACUAUCCAAUACUCAUUCCGGCAUGCUAAAUUGCCGGAAUCUGAGCCCGCCUCCAUUCCUGAGCCCGCCUCCAUUCCUGAGCCCGCUUCCGAACCCAAUUCCGAGCCGGAACCCAGUGUACAAACGCACCCUAGUUUAGAAGCAGCACCAAUCGGCAAGGGAAAUAGCGAAGCCGCUGGGGACAAUCUCCACCCCUACACCCCAAGACACGAUUUUAGCCCCAUGGACUGCACUGACAUAGUGAUCGGGUCGGCUGUGGGCACAGCCAGUCGGAUUGGUGAUUAUUACACUAGAGAUCGAUCAACGCCUCGCAUGGACAACUUCUGGGGCGGCAAAAACGAUCUGACGGCAGCGCUGGGCUUUGAAAAGGACGGCAUCACUACGAUUCUGUUCAGGAAGAAGCUGGACGCCACUGAACCGGCCGAUCACUCGAUUGAGGAGGACUUGAUGCACGUGAUCUUCGCGCAAGGCCAAGAGCCGGGCCGGUAUGUGCACGUCCCCGAGUCGGGGGUGGAGACGCCGCAGGCGUCCCAGAAAGACUUUUACAAGCCGGACGAGCUCAAAUACCACGGCCACAGAAACCAGCGCGGAGUGGCCUCGAUCAACUUCUUCGAGGAGAAAAAGGACGUGAUGCCAGCCGGGGCUGGAGCCACCAGCGAUUCCGCUCAAAACACCGACUGUGGGGGACUUUGGAAGGUGCCCAAGGGCUGCAGCCCGGAGAACAACACGUGCGAGUACUCGGCCAAGUGGGAGCUGAUUCCGCGAAAAGACGAAAUCCGUAAAUCACUUGAAAAAAAUCAAGCCAACCCUGUUGUAAAUUACUGUGUGUGUUCAGACGAAGUGUACGACUAUGUAACAACGACGGAAUCGCCUGGCUUGGGCUACACGGUGCAAGUGAAACUGAUCGAGUUGGGCGAGAACUUCGUGGCUCCAAAGCCAGGCACGAUCGAGUACGAAGAUCUGAGCACCUCGAUCUCCAACAAUUUCCAACCGGUGUUCCGCAGCCUGCCUGGCUACCGACGACUGAUCGUGGAGCAACUCAACGACGAGAGCAACAACAUUGUGGCCGUCAUGAACCUGCAGCUGGACAAGGCGAUGGCCGAGAAAGGACGCGCUCUGUCCGAAGGCGAGGACACCAACGAGCAGGUCCAUAAAGCCGUGCAGGAGAGCGUCGGCUCGGGCCGCAUUGGCAACCUGAAGGUGGACCCGCGCUAUCUCGUUUUUGAGCCGCAAAGCCUAACAUCGAACCUAGUCCCGGAUUCGGACGGUUCGACGGUCAGUUCCGGCUUCUUCGACAUGCCCUCUACCAAGCUGUACAUCGUGCUGGGCUGCAUUGCCGCCCUUGUUCUCGUCGCCCUCGUACAGGCCGGCUGUACAGUGUACAGGGCGACUGGGCGACGCAACGCCAACAGACACAAGAGGGUGUACAGCGUGCAACUGGAUCCCGGUUACUUCUACGAGCCCCACUGGGGCUCCCAGGCGCCGCCUAGCGCCACCUUUAGCAUUAACAGUCACGUUUACGGUAACGGCGCCCACCGUCAGCAAAGAGGCAUGUGGGACCACCUAAUCCCGAACUCUGCCUGGAAAGAUUACUCGGCCAACACCAACUACGCGUUCGACUCGUACGAGCGCGAGGAGGCCGCGAAAAAACAGCAACAGCCGCAUAACGGCAACGGGCGGGCGCCGCCUCACGGCCGCCCCAAAUCGCACCCGCCCAGGCCGCAAGGUCGACCGCCCAGCAUUCCACCUCAAGCGCCUCCAGGAGACUCCAGGAGCCUACAGCGACCGCGCAAUGCCGCCGUGUUACCGCCUAACGAUAGGAACACCUUUUCACUUCCCCGAACGCAAUACGAAAGGCACACAGUGGGGCCAGCCAAAGGAGGCCCCAUGCCUGCCGACUUCUACUUCAUGCCCUCCCAAAGGAAAUACUCUGGAGAGGUUGUCAGAGUGUACGUGGACUAUAACGGACAGAAGAGGGAACAUUAGGAACCACCUGUGUGGGGCAAGUGCAGCUGAUGUUUGUGUUACGGGGCCGGAUUUUCCUCAUAGUUAUGGGAAACUCGUGGGUGAAUGGAUAACUCAACGCAGAUCUUAACAUGAAUUUACGCGACUGCUCACGUAAACACCCAAUCUUCGAGCCUCUAAAUUGUUUUCACGUGAGGAAUCUCUUCACGAAGGCUUGAACCAUCGAGCUUGAAGGAGAAAAAAUACUAAUUGCCACAUUUUAACCGAGUAUUGGGCCCCUAAAACACAGCCACACAUCCAACACACCGUACUUUCUAGUCGUACUCUAAACGUGUUUUCUUAACAGUUCAAACCGUCGCAAUAAGUAGUUUAAGUCUAUUUAAUACGGCUAGUUUAGGAGUGAAGGGAAAACGGCCCUCAUCCGACCUGUAAAUAUAAUUAACUGGGCAUGCGGCCGUUGUUAAACGCACUAAUCCAACAAUUUACAAGACCUCUUGCAGCUGUAAAUAAGUAGGUUUACUUAGACUAGUUAAUUUUUACUGCGUUUACCAUAGGGAAUACCAGUUAACCAUUCGAUUUAGAGUACUUUAAAUAGGUAAAGAAUCAGUCUGUUCGAUUUAGUGCUGCUUAUCCAGGUGCUCGAAUUGGAAUUGAAGGAAAUUCACUUAGUGUUUACAGCUCCCUGUAUUAAUUUAAUAAAUGUAUAUAAAUUUA